CCAAGGGGAGGGACAAUGGCCUGGCUUCAGCCCUGGACUCUCUCAACUCUGGCUCUUCCUUACACAGCUGCUGCCCCUCCAGUCUGCCGAGAGAUAGCCAGCUGCUCAGGCGGCCUUCUCUUUUCUCCUGCCCCAGCCAUCACAAGUCACCAGGGAAGGGGUCUCUCCAGCACAGCUCUCGCCAUGGACUCGGAAUAUGAACAAGGCCACAUGCGUAAGCUGCAGGCCCAACACACAAAGAUGCAGGAAAAAACCUUCACCAACUGGGUCAACAACGUUUUUCACCACGCCAAGGCUGGCAUCAAGAUCCAGAAUAUUUACGCUGAGCUGGGAGAUGGUGCCCACCUGCUGAAGCUGCUCGAGCUCAUCUCUGGGGAGGGGCAGCUCCCCCCCAACCGGGGGCGAAUGCGAGUGCACUUCCUGGAGAACAACAGCCGGGCCCUAGCCUUCCUGAGGUCCAAGGUGCCAGUGCCUCUAAUUGGUCCAGAGAACAUCGUGGAUGGGGACCAGAGCCUCAUCCUCGGACUCCUUUGGGUCAUCAUCCUGCGUUUUCAGAUCUCCCACAUCUCCCUGGACAAGGAGGAAUUUGGGGCCAGCGCGGCUCAGCUGUCUGCUAAGGAGGCUCUGCUGGUCUGGUGCCGGCGGAAGACAGCCGGCUAUCCCAACGUGAACAUCACCGACUUCUCUCACAGCUGGAGGGAUGGGCUGGGCUUUAAUGCCCUCAUCCAUGCCCACAGGCCCGGCUUGAUCAGGUACGGCUCUCUGCAGCCAGAGCAGCCCCUGCACAACCUGGAGAAUGCUUUUGAAGUGGCUUUCAGAGACCUGGGCAUCCCCAGGCUGCUGGACCCCGAGGACGUGGCUGUCCCACAGCCUGAAGAGCGCUCCCUCAUGACCUAUGUCUCUCUCUACUACCACUACUUCUCCCACCUACACCGGGGGCAGACUGUCCAGAGGAGACUGGCCAAGGUCCUGCAGCAGCUACAAGAGACGGCCAAGCUACAGGCUCAGUAUGAGUGGCUGGUGUCAGAGCUGCUGGCCUGGAUCGCCGAGCGGCAGGCCCAGUUGGAGGAGCGGAGUUUUCCCGACACCCUCCCUGCCAUGCGUGGCCUGCUGGCAGCCUUUGCCACCUUCCGCAGGGAGGAGAAACCCCCACGGCUGGAGCAGCGAGGGGCCGCCGAGGUGCUCCUGUUCCGCCUGAGCACCGCCCUCCGGGCCCAGAACCGCCGGCCUUUCCUGCCCCCGGAGGGCCUGGAGCCGGGGGAGCUGGCCAGGUACUGGGCAGGGUUGGAGAGGGCUGAGGCCGGUCGGGAGCAGGCCCUACAGGAGCAGCUGCUGAGGCUGGAGAGGCUGGAGACCCUGGGCAGACGCUUCCUGCGCAAGGCCGCCCUCCGGGAGAGCUUCCUUAUGGACGCGGAGCAGGUGCUGAGCCAGCUGGGCCCCCCUGGGCCCAGCCCGGCCCUGCUGGAUGCUGCGGUCCAGAAGCUGGGCUCCCUGGAGGCAGACGUGCUGCCCCAGGAGGGCCGCUUCCAGGCCUUGGCCGAGAUAGCUUCCUUCCUGGAGCAGGAGCGAUACCAUGGCUGGGCAGAGGCAGCCCGCAGGCAGAAAGAGAUCUCUCAACGCUGGGAGCGGCUGCUAAGAGGGCUUCACGAAAGGAAGGAUCAUCUGGCAAGCUCUCGGUUGGCAUUGGGGCUGCUCCAGGAGGUUGAUGCUGCUGAUGAAGAGCUCAAAGAACUACAGGUGCUGGCAAGUUCCCCAGUCUGUGGGCAGCAUCUAGCAGAAGUGGUGGAGCUCCUGCAGAGACAUGAGCUGCUGGAAGCGCGAGUCUUCUCCCAGAGUGCCCUUGUGAGCCACCUGAUCCAAAGGACCACGGAGCUGAGCAUAGUCACAGGCACCAACCUGGAUGGGCUGCAGAUCCGAGCCUGGGGCUUGUCACAGGUGUACCAGAGCUUGGUUUUACUCAUUAGAGCUCGGCGGGCCCUGCUGGAACAGACCCUGCAGCAGGCUGAGUUCCUGAACAGCUGCGAGGAAGAGGAAUCCUGGCUCAGAGAGAAGAUCCAGUUGAGUCAGGGGGCUCCCCUGGGCCGGGACCUGGGCCAGAUCACGGCGGCUCUGUGGAAGUAUAAGACCUUAGAGACCGAAGUCAGCUCGCACCAGGCAGUAUGUGUGGAAAUCGCAAGGAAGGCAAAGGAACUGAGCCCCUCGAGGCACCCGGGCCAGCCAGACCCACAGGAGCGGGCAGAGGCCAUCCACAGCCAGUGGCAGCAUCUCCGGGACGGGAUGGCCCAGUUCCUGGCCCGGCUCCAAGCUGCCCUGCUCAUCAAGCAGUAUUUUGCAGAUGUGAGCGAGGUAGAAUCCUGGCUGCAGGAGCAGCGGUCCUUGUUGGCCAGUGAGGAUUUCGGGAAGGAUGGGGCCGGUGUGAUGGUCCUGCUCCAGCGCCACCAGAGACUGGAGCGAGAAGUGUGGGCCUGUGGGCUGGAAGUGAGACGGCUGGAGGAGCAAGCCCAGACUGCAGCCCUUCAAGCCCCACUCAGGGUAGAGAGCCAGGAAGCCUGGAAUCAGGUGGAUGGCGAUGGAGCUGGGAAGUCCCAGGACUGGCCACAGAACUUAGCACCCUCAGGAGUGGCUCACCAGCAGCUCCGGGUCAGGAUGCGUUUCACCUUCAGAGGGGAGAACCUCACCUGGGCCAGGGGAGACAUCCUGGAGCUGGUUGCCAAAACAAGUCCUUCCACCUGGAGGCUGAGGGACCCCGAAGGCUGCCAGGCAGAAGUGCCAGCCAGCUACGUGGCAGAGCUCGAGGCUCCCCAGGUGAUGUCAUUGAUGAAUCCCUUAUAUGAAAGAACAAGGAACAGGGGAACCUCACGGCAACCCGUCCGCUGGGGCACCCAGGAGAUCUCCAGACCAUCGGAGCUGGAUCUUCAUUUUGACCCUGAAACAAUCCGCAAGACCCAGGACCACCUGAAUCAGGACUAUCAGGGUCUACAGGCCCUGGCACAGCAUCGCAGGACCCGGCUCGAAGAAAUGUCCAUCUUAUUUGGCUUCUAUGACUCUUGUGGAGAGCUCCAGUCCUGGUUGGAGGACCAGACAGUGGUGUUCCAGACCCUGAACCCCCAGGCUGAGAACAUAGAGGUCGACAGGAGUAAAUUUGAGAAUUUUCUCGUGGCUUUGGCCAUGGGGAAAGAACACUUGGCAGAGAUCAGCAGUUCAGCAGAAAAACUGAGGCAGAGGAUGCCUGAUCACACAGCCAAGAUCCAGCAGCAGCUACAGGAACUGGGCCAGAGAUGGGAGCAGCUGGAAGCCCUGAAGGAGGAGAAGGAAUCGCAUCUGGCAAGCAUGGCGGAUGUCCACAGCUUCCUGCAGGAGUAUGGACUCGCGGAGACCCAACUUCAGGACAUUAUGGUGAAGCUGGAGUCUGUGGAGCUGGCGGAGUUAGUGGGCAGCUGCCGACAUUCCCUGUGGUCCUCCCAGCACGAGAUCCUGGUGCUGGAGCGCAAAGUCUGCUACCUCGCCAGUGUGGUCCACAAGAUUAAAGAGACAAGCCCUACGGAGCCCCCAGUAUUGCAGGAACGAGUGGAGACCCUGCAGACUCUGCUGAAGCAAGUGCAGGAGCGGGCUGCUCAGACAGCUCAGGCCCAGGCCCAGGCCCAGGCCAGGCACGACUUCCUGAGGGAGAGUGGCCAGCUGCUGCUGUGGGCGGAGGGUGUUCAGUCUCAGCUAGAUAACAAGGAGAUGGCUGUGGACGUGGCCUCGGCCAAGCAGCUGCUGGAGGAGCACAGAAGCCUGCGGGAAGAGAUCCGUGUCCAGCAAGAGAGGAUGAGACAGUUGGAGGCUCGGGGCCGACACCUGGACCCCAGGGAGGCCCAGGAUGCCCCGGCAGUGGCGACGGCUCUGAGGCAGCUGGGUCAGCAGGCCCGCGUGGUGGAUGCGGCGUGGGAGCGGUGCCUUGGGCGGCUGCGGCAGGGCCUAGAACUACAGCUGUUUGUCCGGGAAGCAGACAGCCUAGGGGCUGCCUGCACCAGCCAUGAGGCUUUCCUCCGGCUGGGCAGCCUCGGGGAGGACGUGGGUGACCUGCAGAACGUGCUGCAGCGGCACCAGGAGUUCGAGCGGCUCCUGGAGACCGUGGGUCUGCGGGUGGCGAGCCUGAGAUCCCAUGGGGAAAGGCUGAUGGAGAAACAGCACUUUGCUGCCCACCUGAUCAGAGAAAGGAUAGCAAAGAGCCAGGAUCGGUGGGCCAAGCUCCGAGCCAUGAGUAAGCAAAGGAAGGAGAAGCUGCUGGCCACCCUCCGGGUACAGGAAUGGAGCCAGGAUGUGGCUGAAAUGAUGCUGUGGCUGGAGGAGAAGUGGUUGGUUGCUGCGAAUGAGUCCUACCGAGAACCGGGUACUGUUCUCCGCAAGCUCAAAAGACACGAGGCAGCUGAGAGUGAGGUCCUGGCUAAUCAGAAGAGGGUCCGGCAGCUUCUGCAGCUUGGAAACAAGCUUCUAGAUACCAAGCAUGACGCCCAGGAUGACAUACAAGCAAAGUUAGGGGGCCUGGACAAAAAGUGGAAAGAGCUGAACGACAAAAUGGCAGAACGCGGAGACAAGCUGAGGCAGGCAGGACAGCGGGAGCAGCUCAUGGAACUGCUGCAGGAUGCCAGAGAUAAAAUGGAGCAGAUGGAGCGGGAACUACAGAGCGCAGACACGGGGCAGCACCUGCGCUCCAGCCGAGAGCUGCAAGUGAAACACAAGAAGCUGGAAAAUGAGAGCCGGGAGCUGGCGGAUAAAAUGAGCGCCAUCAUUACCCGUGCCCAGAGCGUCGCCACCAAGCACUCCGAUUCCCAGACCAUCCUGGAGGAGACACAGAGAUAUCUCCAAAGGUUCCAGGCCCUUCAGGGGCCGCUGGCCACACGCGGGCAGCAGCUGCAGGCCUCCGUUGAGCUUCACCAGUUCUACCACUUCCAAGCACUGGAAAUCACCUGGAUAAAGGAGCACAUGCUCAGUGCCGGCUGCACGACUUACGGCAAGUCCCUGGAUGCAGCCCAGAGGCUUCUGUACAAGCACAAGGAGCUUCAGGCAGAGGUGACUGCUCACCAGAUACAAAUGCAGAAGGUGCUGGCAUCUGGGCAGAGCAUGGCAGCCCGUGGGCACCCUUCUGCAGGGGACAUCACAGAGCGGUGCCAGGAGCUGGAAAGCUGCUGGCGGGAGCUGAAGGAGGCCUGUGAGGGGCGAGCCGGGCGGCUGCAGCACUCUGUGGCCUUCCAUCAGUACCUGCUGGAUGCGUCAGACCUGGAGGGCUGGCUGGGAGAGAAGCGGCCUUUAGUGGGCAGCAGAGACUACGGCAAGGACCAGGUGGCCACCAGCAGCCUCAUCAAAAAGCACCAGGCCCUGGAGCAGGAGCUAGCCCUCUACGGGAGCUUUGUGGCCGAGCUCGUCCAGACGGCGCAGGCCCUCGCCGGCCCCCCGGCCCCCGCGGAGGUCCCCGUGCCCCCGGCACGGCUGGAAACGCAGCUCCGGGAGCUGAAGGAACUGGCGGCCACCAGAGGCCGCCGGCUGGAGGAGGAGCUGAGGCUGCAUGAGUUCACCCAGGAGGCCCAGGAGCUCCGGGGCUGGCUGGCCAGCCAGAAGCAGGCAGCCCGGCGUGAGGAAGACCCGGGAGAGGACUUCGCACGUGUGCUGCACCUUCGGGCCAAGCACGAGCUGCGUCGGCGCCAGGUGGAGUCAGGUGGGAGGCGGCUGGCAGCCUGUCUGCGGCUGGCGGAGACCCUGCUGGAGAGCGGGCCCCGCGCCCCGAGGGAGAUCCGCCAGAGGCAGCAGGAGCUGCAGAGUGCGUGGGCAGAGCUGUGGAGGCUGACCCAAGCCCGGGCCCAGUCCCUCAGGGACGCCGAGACCGUACUCAAGGUGCACCAGGACCUCACAGACGCCCUGGCGCACAUCAAGGAGAAAGGCGCCAGCCUUCCUGACGAUGUGGCACAGGACAGGCGUGGGACCCAGGCUCAGCUCCGGCGGCACGAGGAGCUGGAACAUGAGCUCAUGGGCACCGAGCGGCAACUGCAGGAGCUACUGGAUACAGCUGAUGAGAUGCAGAAGCUUUGCUCAGGAGCUCAGGUGGAGGCCCUGCAGAGCCAGCAAGAGGCCGUGGUCCAGAGCUGGGAGUCACUGAGGCAGCAGGUGGAGAGGCGCCGGGGAGAGCUGGAGCAUGCCUGCUUGCUCACAGGCUUCCAUACUGCGGUCCAGGAGUAUUCAAUGUGGGCGACCGGAAUUCAGAGGGAGCUGCAGGCGAAGGAAACAUCUCGAGAUGCCAGCAGCAGCCACUUGCAGCUCAGCGUGCAUCAGGACAUCCGGGCCAAGCUAGUGGCCCAGGAGGAGGCGUACCAGCAGGCAGUUCAGCUGGGGCAGGGGCUGCUUCUUGAGGAGGGAGCACCUAUUGAAGAGAUCCAGGAAAAGCUGGGAGCCCUACAGGAAGUGAGGCAGAAGGUGUUCCAGGCUUGGGAAGAAAAACAGGAGCAGCUGAUGACCAAGCACCUUGGACAGCUCUUCAGCAGAGACUGUGAUCACUUCCAUAAGAUCCUCACUGCCCAGGAGGUCUAUCUAAAGACCAGUACCUUGGACAACUCAGUGGAGGGACUGGAGAGAUUGAUCCGGAAACAUGAAGCUUUCCAAAAGGUUCUGGCAGGCCAAGAUGAGAAGGAAGCAGCCCUGCAGGAGCAAGCAAAGCAUCUCAAGGGAGCUGAGGUACAUGACUUACUGAAUUUGGUGUGGGAGCGACGAAGACGAGUAAAGGAGCAGGCCCAUAGCCAUGGGGAAGCCCUGCGUACCACUCUGCUGCUGGCGAGAUUCACCAGGGAUGUGGCUGAGGCAGAAGACUGGAUCCAGGAGAGGAUUCAGCAGUUGGAAGAACCAAGCCCAUGGGGUUCCAGUGCCCUGAAGGACAAGCUGAAGUGCUUACAGAAACACCAGGUUUUUGAGGCUGAGGUCCGGGCCCACGAGGAGGUUAUAAACCGUGUCACUGAGGAGGGAGAAGCUCUCCUGGCCCAGAGCCAUCCUCACGCGAAAGAAAUCCUGGGAAAACAGCAGAGGCUUCAGGAGCACUGGCACAAGCUGAGACAGGCCAUGGCUGCCAGGGGCAGGGGCCUGCAGGACGAGCGGGGCUUCUUAGAGUUUCUGCAGCAGGUGGACCAAGUGGAAGCCUGGAUCAGGGAGAAGGAAGUGAUGGUGAGUGUUGGAGACUUGGGACGAGAUUAUGAACACUGUCUACAACUCAGCAGACGGCUAAGGGAAUUCCGAGGCACUGCCUUAGGGGAAACAGUGGAUGAUACUCAUAUCAAGGCCAUUAAUGCCAUAUCCCUUCAGCUCAAAAGCCGGGACCCAGAAGAGGUCAAAAUCAUCUACCAGAGACAGCAUCAGCUCAAUGAAAGAUGGAAUAAUUUCCAUGGCAACCUCCUCCAAUACCAGCGACAGCUAGAAGGUGCCCUGGAGACGCAUGCACUGGUCCAGGAGCUGAGCAAUGUCAUGGAGAGGAUAGGAGAGAAGAGUGCUCUGCUGCAGGUCCCUAAUUAUGGAAAGGACUUGGAGGAUGUAGAGAGGCUGCUGAGAAAACAUGAAGAACUGGAUCGGGAAAUCAGUGUUAUCCAGGCCCAGAUGAAGCCCCUGGAGCAGGAGGUGGAUCGUCUGUGUCAGAGCAGCCCCGAGGCAGCCCGAGCCCUCACUGAUAAACGACUGGAACUGAACAGGCACUGGCAGAGGCUGCAGGCCGGGGCCCAGCAGAGGAGUGAGAGACUGGAGUCUUCACACCAAGGACAGAAGCUACUCACCAGGCUCCGAGAGCUGCUAGGCUGGAUGCAAGGGCUGAAGACUAAGGUGGAGACGGAAAGGCUUCCCAGCAGUCCUGCAGAGGCCAGAGGCCUGAUGGAGGAGCACCAGGAGCUCAAGGCAGAGCUGUCAGCCAGGGCAGACAGUAUCGACUUGAUACGAAGCAGUGGGAAACAGCUGCUUAGUGCCAGACACCCAAUGGCCCCAGAUAUAUGCCAGACCCUGGAGAGUUUUGAGCACGAAUUAACUGGGCUGGAGGAGAGCUGGCAAGAGCAUCAACUGCAGCUGCAGCAGGCCUUGGAUCUGCAGGUGUUCCUGAGCUCUGUGGAGCAGAUUGAAAGUUGGCUCAACAGCAAAGAAGCAUUCCUGGAAAAUGAAGAUGUGGGUUCAUUCAUUUAUUCAUUCAUUCACUAUCUGCUCACCCCCAGUUCCUACUCAGUGUCUUCCACAAUAAAUGCUUUAUCUACUUUUAUAGAUCCAGAACUUGAAUCUCUCACCCCUACAGCCUUCCAAGAAAAGGGAUGGGGAAGAGAAGGAAGGGAAUUGGUCUCCAAGGAAUGUAUCUUCUAUUGGGAAAAAGAAGGGAUCCUUUACAACUGCUUCACAGGAAAGGAGCCCAAUUCCUUGGCCACCGUGGAGACCUUACAGUGGAAACAUGAGCAAUUUGAGAAGGGGCUAGACACCCAACUGGAGAAAAUCAGUGCUAUGGAAAUCAUGGCCCUCAACCUGAAUCAGAGUCAACACCCUGAAGCCCAGCGUAUCACCAGCAAGUGCCAGAUGGUGCUUUCAAGGAAGGAGAAGCUGCUGGAGAGAAUCCGGGCCCGAGGACACCAGCUCGAGGAAUUCCAGCAGUUACACAGAUUCCUGCAGGACUGCUGGGAGGUGUCCAUGUGGCUGGGUGAGAAGAACCUCGUGGCCUUAGACGAGGGUUGGCGGGACUCUAGCACCCUGCAGGCCCAGCUGCGAAAGCACCAGAGCUUUCAGGCUGAGCUGGAAGCCAAUGCUACCCAGCUUCAGAGACUGCAAGUAGAAGGGGAGAAACUUCUGAAGGAGGGGCAUCCUGCCCUGGAGACCAUUCAGGAGCGGCUGCAAGAGAUAGAAGAGCUCUGGAGUCAGCUGCAGGCCAACUGUGUCAAGAAGGGGACCAAACUACAGGAUGCUUAUAAGGCCCUGCAUUUCCAAAGGAAAGUGAAGGAGGUGGAGAGGUGGCUGGAGAGCAUGGAGGAGGAACUUCAGGCUCCCCUGGAUGGGCAGGACUUAGCAGGUGUGAAGGAGCUGCAGGCAACCCACAGGGAGCUGGAGGCAAACAUGGAGGCCCAGGGGGGCCUGGUGCAGGUGCUGAUGGAGCAGGCCCAGGCCUUUGGCUCUGAAAAUCACUUCCUCGCUGGGCAGAUUGAAGAACGGGCCCAGCGGCUGCUACAGAGGUACACAAACCUAAGAGAGCCCCUCCAGGAACGCCAGGCGGCCUUGGAGGCCAAAAGCCUUCUGUACCAGUUCUUCCAGGACGUAGAGGAUGAAUUGGUUUGGAUACAGGAGAGGCUGCCCUUGGCUACAGCCCAAGACUAUGGACAGACCUUGAAGGCUGUUCAGCAGCUCCAAGAGAAGCACCAGAACUUGGAAGAUGAGAUCAACAGCCAUGAGGCUCUGACCCAGGUGGUCCUGGACACAGGCAGUAAGUUGGUUCAGGGCGGGCACUUUGCUGCCAGUGAGGUGGUUGCCCGGCUUCAGCAGCUGAAAGCAGCCUGGGACAGACUUCGGGCGGAGGCCGAGCAGAGGCGACGGAGGCUUCAGCAAGUUCAUGAGACCCAGCAAUUUCUGACAGAGCUCCUAGAAGCAGAAUCCUGGCUGUCGGAGCGAGGCCUUCUCCUGGACAAUGAGGAGCUGGGCCAGAAUGAGGAGACUACCGGGGUCAUGCUGCGGAAGCUAGAGGCCACCAGGAAGGACCUGGAAGGGUUCCGCACCCAGCUUGAGAAGCUACAGGAGACAGGCACCCGCCUAGAAGACAGACCCAACCCAGAGAGCCUUAAAGCACUGACCUAUCUACAAACUCUGAGGGAGACCCACAAGGGGCUACUGCAGAAGGCCAAGAGCCGGGAGAAAUGCCUCCAAGAGCAGCAGAACCUUUAUCAACUGGAGCAGGAGGCCCAGCUCCUGGAUACCUGGUUGUCAGGCAAGCGGGCCACAGCUGAGUCCCAAGAUUAUGGGCAGGACUUGGAGGAUGUUAAGGUGCUGGAAGAGAAGUUCCAUACUUUCCAAAAGGAAGUGCAGAGCCUGGGGCCAGACAAAGUUCAGGGGUUUCUGGAGCUGGCUGGCAACCUGGAACAGGCAGCCCCCAGGUGCUCCCCCAAGAUCCAGGCUCAAAGGAGCCGCAUCGAGGACUCCUGGGCGCAGCUGAGCCAAGCAAUGAGGAUCCGGGCGGAGAACCUGGCUGCUGCCAGAGAGGUUCAUGGCUUCCAUCAGGCAGCAGCCGAGCUGUGGAGCUGGAUUCAGGAAAAGGCCGCUGUGCUGGGUCAGGGGGACUGCAGCCACACCCCGGCCUCUGUGCAGGGGCUUCAGCGGCAGCAGAGGAACCUGGAGCGGGAGCUGGUGGCCAUGGAGAAGGAAGUGGGCCGGGUGCGGGCCGAAGCCGGCUGGCUGGGCCGGCUGUACCCGGCUGCCCAGGAGGGCCUGGCCCAGAGGCUGGCGGAGGUGCAGGCGUCCUGGAGGCUGCAGCGAGCGCCGGUGCCCACGCUGCUCCUGGGCCGCUGUAGAGAGCUGCUGGGCCUGACCCAGGAACUGCAGAGCUUAGUGAUGCUGGAAGAGCCUAGUGGGGAUGUGAGCGGGGCAGAACGGCAGCUGCUGCAGCACCAGGGGCUCGGGCAGGACAUCGAGGAACACUGGCUCCUGGUGCAGGAUGCCCAGCGGGAGGGGGAGCAGCUGGCGGGCAGCGACCAUGUUAUGGCCCAGGAGGUGAAGGAGUGGCUCCAAGAACUGGGAGACCAGCUGCAGGAACUGCAGGAAAAGUGGGCACGUCGCCAGGAGCUGUACAAAGAGAACUGGGAGCUGCAGAAGCUCAGACAGGAGCUAGAAAAGGCUGACACUUGGCUGAGCUCAAGAGAGGGCCUCCUCCUGGACCCCAACCUUGGGAAUUCGGUGUCUGAUGUAGAAGAACUACUCAGGAAGCACCAGGACCUUGAAAAGACACUGGCAGCUCAGGAAGAGAAGUUCGAUCAGCUGCAGAGGAAGACUGAGACUGACCAGAAGCUGCUGGAGCAGGUGGAAGUAGAAGGUUCAAAGUCCAAGACCAUGGAAAACAUUCGUGUCCACAUCCCACUGCUCAAGAAGAGGCCCCUGCAAUGUCUGGGACCAGGAGCAAAACUGACUGACGGGAGAAAUCUGCAGGAAAGGAUCCCCUUCCCACUCUGGACUCCUUUCCCCCCCAGCUUCUCCCCUUUGCAGACUGUCAAGCAGAACAUCCCCCUGCAAGAGAGGGGGUCAAGUAGAGAACGACCCUUGGGAACAACAGAGAUGGGUUCUGCUUCCUUCCCAUCUCCUGGAACCAUGUUAGGUUUAAAGGAUCCCCCUACGCUGGAGGGGUUAAAAAAACGGAAGGAAAGGCAACAGUGUCUGCCUUCUGGGAGGCAGCUGAGUGGGAGUCCUUGGAAGAAGUGUGAUGGAGCAUUGCAGUGGGACCUCCAGAAGCUGAACCUGGACAAGAGAAAAAUACCUGAGGAUGUCCCUUCCCCAGCCCCCCACAACCUAGCCGUCACUGAGCGCAGAGAGUUGAGGGGCUGUUUUGAAAGGGAGGCUGCUUUCUACUUGAGGUAUAGUAACAGCUCUGAAAUUCCACUUUCAACAUCACUGGAAGGACAGGCUGGUCUCUCUCUACAAGUGCUGAGUGGCAAUGCCAGUAAGUUCCAUGGAGAAGCUCUUCCUGAGGGAUUCAACCUAGAACCCAGAGCCAGACCUUUCAGCAUCUUGAGUGAGAACCCUGCUGAGAAAUUACCUAGCAAGAUCAUUGUACCCAGGGGGACGCCUUCCUUUUCGCCCCAGAGGGAGCCUGGACUUUUGGAGAGGGCUGCGCAGGACUUCCCGCGGCCUCCAGCUCCUGGCUGCGUCCUUGGACCCGGGGCUGCAGAUGGGGCGAAGCAGGCUCGGGGCCUCAGCGCCGCUGGAAAGGAGAAGCCCUAG